GCGCGGUUAGACUGUGCGGAAAGCAGCCGCGAGGCCGCCGCCUGCAGCCCCAGACGCUCCGGCGCCGGGACACAGCACCCUCCGUACCACCUCUCGGCUGUGCCCCCACCCGUUUGACAAGAUGUCUGUGAAGGAAGGCGCACAGCGCAAGUGGGCGGCACUGAAGGAGAAGCUGGGGCCGCAGGACUCAGACCCCACAGAGGCCAACCUGGAGAGUGCUGAGCCCGAGUUGUGCAUCCGGCUGCUGCAGAUGCCCUCCGUGGUCAACUACUCGGGCCUACGCAAGCGCCUGGAGAGCAGCGAUGGCGGCUGGAUGGUGCAGUUCCUGGAACAGAGCGGCCUGGACCUGCUGCUGGAGGCGCUGGCACGGCUGUCAGGGCGUGGCGUGGCCCGCAUCGCGGAUGCCCUCCUGCAGCUCACCUGCAUCAGCUGUGUGCGUGCAGUCAUGAAUUCACAGCAGGGCAUCGAAUACAUCCUCAGCAACCAGGGUUAUGUGCGCCAGCUCUCCCAGGCCCUGGACACAUCCAAUGUGAUGGUCAAGAAGCAGGUGUUUGAACUGCUGGCUGCUCUGUGCAUCUAUUCGCCUGAGGGCCAUGCACUGACGCUCGAUGCCCUGGAUCAUUACAAGAUGGUGUGCAGCCAGCAGUACCGCUUCAGCGUCAUCAUGAAUGAGCUCUCAGACAGUGACAAUGUGCCCUAUGUGGUCACCCUGCUCAGUGUGAUCAACGCUAUCAUUCUGGGCCCUGAGGACCUCCGCACCCGCGCCCAGCUGCGGAGCGAGUUCAUUGGGCUACAGCUGCUGGAUAUUCUGACCCGGCUACGAGACUUGGAGGAUGCCGAUCUGCUGAUCCAGCUGGAAGCCUUCGAAGAGGCCAAAGCGGAGGAUGAAGAGGAACUUCAGCGUGUUAGCGAUGGGAUCAACAUGAACAGCCACCAGGAAGUCUUUGCCUCCCUGUUCCACAAGGUGAGCUGUUCCCCGGCAUCCGCCCAGCUGCUGUCAGUGCUGCAGGGUCUCAUGCACCUGGAGCCUGCUGGCCGCUCAGGCCAACUGCUCUGGGAGGCCCUGGAGAACCUGGUGAACCGGGCCGUGCUCCUGGCCAGUGAUGCCCACGCUUGCACCCUGGAGGAGGUGGUCGAACGACUGCUGUCCAUCAAAGGGCGGCCCCGACCAAGCCCCCUGGACAAGGCCCACAAGAGUGUCCAGACCAACUUAGUCCAGAAUCAGGGCAGCUCCUCCCAGAACACUACUACUCCCACGACUAAAGUGGAAAGCCAGCAGCCAAUAGUGGCUGCUCCCUGCCAACGUGUGGGCAGCACCCAGAGCUCCAGCGUUGGCAUAGCCCCACCACUCUCCAGCUCCACCCCUGUGCUCCCUCCACCUCCACCUCCCCUGCCAGGCCCAGGGAUCUCAUCUCCCCCAGCACCCCCUCCACCCCCACCUUUGCCACCUUCUUUACCAGGCUCAGGGACCAUAUCUCCCCCUCCUCCUCCCCCUCCCCCCUUGCCACCCCCUUUACCAGGCUUAGGAACCAUAUCUCCCCCUCCCGCUCCCCCCUUGCCACCCCCUUUGCCAGGCUCAGGGACCAUAUCUCCCCCUCCACCCCCACCCCCACCCCUAAUCCCUGGCAUGUGCCCAAUUCCUCCCCCUCCCCCACUACCCAGCACAGGCCAGAUCCCUCCACCUCCUCCCCCGCUGCCUGGUUUCUCUGUCCCCUCUAUGGCGGGUGGUGUGGAGGAGAUCAUUGUGGCCCAGGUCGACCACAGCCUGGGCUCGGCCUGCCUCCCCAGUCACCGCAGAGUGAACCCACCCACCCUGCGAAUGAAGAAGCUGAACUGGCAGAAGCUGCCAUCCAAUGUGGCACGAGAGCGCAACUCCAUGUGGGCAACACUGGGCGGCCCCUGCACAGCCGCAGUGGAACCGGACUUCUCCAGCAUUGAGCAGCUGUUCUCCUUCCCCACGGCCAAGCCCAAGGAGCCCUCUGCUGCCCCCGCCCGGAAGGAACCUAAAGAAGUCACUUUUCUGGACUCCAAGAAGAGCCUGAACCUCAACAUCUUCCUGAAGCAAUUUAAAUGUUCCAAUGAAGAAGUCACCAGCAUGAUCCAGGCUGGAGACACAAGCAAGUUCGAUGUGGAGGUCCUCAAGCAGCUCCUGAAGCUCCUUCCAGAGAAGCACGAGAUUGAGAACCUACGGGCGUUCACAGAGGAGCGAGCCAAAUUGGCCAAUGCUGACCAGUUCUACGUUCUCCUCCUGGACAUCCCCUGCUACCAGCUGCGUCUGGAGUGUAUGAUGCUGUGUGAGGGAACUGCCAUCGUACUGGACAUGGUGCGGCCCAAGGCCCAGCUGGUGCUCACCGCCUGUGAGAGCCUGCUCACCAGCCAGCGGUUGCCAGUCUUCUGUCAGCUGAUCCUCAAAAUUGGGAAUUUCCUCAACUAUGGCAGCCACACGGGAGAUGCAGAUGGUUUCAAGAUUAACACUUUGCUGAAGCUCACAGAGACCAAGUCCCAGCAGAGCCGCGUGACGCUGCUGCACCAUGUGCUGGAGGAAGUGGAGAAGAGCCACCCGGACCUCCUACAGCUGUCCCGGGACCUGGAGCCGCCCUCUCAAGCUGCAGGAAUCAACUUGGAGAUCAUCCACUCAGAGGCCAGUACCAACCUGAAGAAGCUUUUAGAAACGGAGAGGAAGGUAUCCGCUUCAAUCCCUGAGGUGCAGAAACAGUAUGCCGAGCGCCUCCAGGCCAGCAUUGAGGCCUCUCGGGCGCUGGACAAGGUGUUUGACGCCAUUGAGCAAAAGAAGCUGGAGCUGGCUGACUACCUGUGUGAAGACCCCCAUCAGCUGUCCCUAGAGGACACGUUCAGCACCAUGAAGACCUUUCGGGACCUCUUCACCCGUGCCCUGAAGGAGAACAAGGACCGGAAGGAACAGAUGGCAAAAGCAGAAAGGAGAAAACGGCAGCUGGCGGAGGAGGAGGCACGGAGGCCGAGGGGCGAGGACGGGAAGCCUGUCAGAAAGGGUCCUGGGAAGCAAGAAGAGGUGUGUGUCAUCGAUGCCCUGCUGGCAGACAUCAGGAAGGGCUUCCAGCUACGGAAGACAGCCCGGGGCCGGGGAGACACUGAAACAAGUGUCAGGGUAGCCCCCGCAGAUCCUCCAAAGGCCACAGAUCCUCCAAAGGCUGCAGAUCCUCCAAAGGCCACAGAUCCUCCAAAGGCCACAGAUCCUGCAAGUGCCAGCAAUCCUACCCAGGGCACAAACCACCCUGCCUCAGAGCCAAGCCUGGAUACCACAGCAGCUGGCGAGCCACAGGGCUGGGACCUUGUGGACGCUGUAACCCCCAGUCCCCAGCCAUCCAAGGAGGAAGAUGGUCCUCCAGCCCUGGAGAGGCGUUCCUCCUGGUAUGUGGAUGCCAUCGACUUCCUGCCCCCUGAAGAUACCCCGAAUGCCCAGCCCUCUGAGGGGGUCUGGCCAGUGACUCUAGGAGAUGAUCAGGCGCUGAAGCCCCUCGAGUUCAGCAAUAAGCCCCCUGGAAUUGCGAGCUCACACCAGGACACUACAGAUCCUGAAGCCUUGGGGGGCAUCCACCGAGCGGAGGCUGACAGCACCAGUGAGGGACCAGAGGAUGCAGCUGGGCGAGCACAGAGCACCCACCUCCCCCGCACAGGCCCUGGAGAGGAUGAGGAUGAAGAAGACACAGCUCCAGAAUCCGCACUUGACACGUCCCUGGACAGGUCCUUCUCUGAGGAUGCAGUGACAGAUUCCUCAGGGUCUGGUACCCUCCCCAGGAUCCAAGGCCGGGUCUCAAAGGGGACGAGCAAGCGGAGGAAGAAACGUCCCUCAAGGAACCAAGAAGGGCCUGGGACCUCUCCCUGCUAUCCUGCUGGUCCCUCCCUUACCCCUGCGGGUACUACAGGCUCGACCAGCAUCCAGGAGAGAGGAGUUUGCCCCUGAUUCUGAUGAUAUUAAGGCAAAAAGGCUGUGUGUGAUCCAGUGAGGCCUCAGGUCCAGGCCCAAAGCCAAGUGAGUGCCCUCAUCGGCUCAGCACAUCGGCAGCUGCUGCAUGUGCUGCCCGGAGAGGCUCUUCGGGGCCAGGCUGGGACUGGGCCCCUGAGAAACCCAAACUCUGUGCCUUACCCAGCCAGGAUCCUUGGGAGCCUUGGCCAUUGAUGCUAGGACCUGGCCUGGCGUCACCCUGGACCCCCUGCACGCUCAUAGCCUCUCCAUCUGCUUUUGCAAACCACUGCCCACCCCCAUCGCAUGCACCACAGGGGUGGAAGGGAGCCUCCUGUCUGGCUCUAGGGAGAUGGGUACAGACACCUGUAAUGGGCUGAAACAUCCCGCACACCCCAGGACUCAGUUGAUUUUUUAGCUGAGUACUGUUUUCUGCAUCUUCAUUCUGCUGUGGCUGAGUUGGGGUUAGUGAGGGCCUGCGGGGAUGCUCAUUGGAAGUGCUCUGGGUAGGACCUGGCAGGUAGGCCCUAGGGAACAAACAGAAAAAGUUCAUCUGUACAAUGGGUGGUUACCAGACCAUAGCAGCCGUCACCUCCCUCGGUGUCUGCCCAGUGGGGAACGAGCUGCCCCUGCUCAGCCCCUCUCAGCUGUGCACUGUGGAACCUGCUGGCCAGCAGGGAUUUUAACCAAUAAAGAGCAACCUUGUCUGUCA